UGGCACCAUCGCACAGACACACCAACAAUGGGAGCGAGGCGUAGUAGCACUUGGCCGCACCACCUCCCGCUGCUGUUCUUCCUCGUCCUCGUCAAUACCAGCCAUACUACCACCAUCAACAUCACCAACCGAUGCCCCUACACAGUGUGGCCGGCCGCCACACCAGUGGGCGGCGGCAUGCAACUGGAGCCAGGGAAGUCUUGGGUGCUUCAAGUGCCUGGUAACACCCAAAGUGGCCUCGUGUGGGCGCGCACGGGCUGUUCAUUCGACGGCCACGGCAACAUGUCCUGUGAGACGGGUGACUGCGGCGGCGUGCUGGCAUGCGCGAGCAGCGGCCAGCCGCCCUUCACGCGUGCAGAAUUCAGCCUGGGUGGCCUAAACAACACGGAUUUCUUCGACAUGAACCUCAUCGGUGGCUUCAAUGUGCCCAUGGACUUCCUGCCGGUGCCAUCCAAUGGAUCGUCAGGGUGCAGCAGGGGGCCUCGCUGCCCAGCCGACAUCACGUCGCAGUGCCCCGGUGAGCUCAAGGUGCCAGGGGGUUGCCGCGGCGCCUGCCAGCACUGCAACGGCAGCACGGUAAACAGUAACACGGUGUUCUAUGUGCGGAUGUGCCCCGAUGCCUACAGCUACUCGCUGGAUCAAGGGCCCAUCAUGUAUGUGUGUCCGUCAGGAACAGACUACCAGAUCAUUUUCUGCCCCCCAGUCGACCUUGUGUCAUUGUCUCCCCCUCCAAUUACACCAUUGUCUCCCCCUCCAACACCAACUUCACCUACUGCGAAUGGAACAAGCAGCAUCACAUCCUCAUCAAAAUCCAAGAACCGAAGCUUAUUUGGUUUUGUUCUAGGUGGUUCUUUAGCUGGCUUCAUUUUUAUCGCAUCAUUGGCCCUUUUCUUUAUCUUGCAUAGACGACGAUUGCAGCGACGCCAAGAGAUGCAGGAAGAGGAGGAAGCAGAGUUUGGGAGGCUACCAGGGAUGCCCAGAAGGUUCACAUUUGAGCAGCUACAAGAUGCAACUGAUCAGUUCAGAGAGAAGCUCGGGGAAGGAGGAUUCGGGUCCGUUUUCAAAGGACGUUUUGGUGAGGAAGCAAUCGCCGUGAAACGCUUGGAUAGAUCUGGUCAGGGAAAGAGGGAAUUUUUGGCGGAGGUCCAGACCAUCGGCAGCAUUCACCACAUCAAUCUGGUGAGGGUAAUCGGUUUCUGCGCAGAGAAAACGCACAGGCUCCUGGUUUAUGAGUACAUGCCCAAAGGAUCACUGGACCAGUGGACCUUUCACCGGCAGGGUGAUGACGAAACUCCUCGCCUGCACUGGCAAACGCGACGCAAGAUUAUUGCUCAUAUAGCAAAGGGCCUCUCCUAUCUUCACGAGGAGUGCAUGAAGAGAGUUGCUCACUUGGAUGUGAAACCACAAAACAUCCUCUUAGAUGACAACUUCGAUGCUAAACUCUCUGAUUUUGGACUCUGCAAGCUCAUAGACCGGGAAAAGAGCCAAGUGGUCACUAGAAUGAGAGGCACGCCUGGAUAUCUAGCUCCCGAAUGGUUGACAUCGCACAUCACAGAAAAGGCUGAUGUAUAUAGCUUUGGUGUGGUGGUAAUGGAGAUCGUCAGUGGAAGGAAGAACCUGGACACUUCUCGGUCUGAAAAGAGCAUUCAUCUUAUUACCUUGCUGGAGGAGAACUUGAAGAAUGAUCGGUUGGUAGAUUUGAUUGAUAUGUGCAGUAGUAGUGACAGUCAGGCACAGGAGCAAGAAGCAAUUCAGAUGAUAAAGCUUGCAAUGUGGUGUUUGCAGAUUGAUUGCAAACGAAGGCCUAAAAUGUCUGAGGUCGUAAAAGUCUUGGAGGGCACCAUCAGUGCCGAAACUGAUAUAGAUCAUAACUUUGUUGUGACACAUCGACCAAGCUUUGACGCUCCUGGAAUUGCGGGCAUGUCAGCUGCACCUCUGGCCUCAGAAGUGUCAGGCCCAAGGUGAAGACUGAGAGGCACUUUAUAAUUUGUAUGGGUAGAGAAUUUAGCAUUCCUAUCUAAUGAAAAUCUGUUCAGCGGUUGAAUUUGUGGAAUAUUUAUAUUACACCAUUGUAAAGUGUAAACCAUCCA